CCCCUGUCCUCCCUCUCUGCGCACGGAAACACGCUCAGCGCUGAACAGAAACUCCACUUUUCUCAUUUCUUCUCGGGGCCAUAUUAAAGAGGACCGGCUCGUCAGGAGGGUGCCAAUUAAAAAAAGCGAGCAGCAGCUGCCCUUCACAUCAUAAAUCGGAUCAUUUCAUCCAUCACUGUCCUGACGUCCAGUGCCUUUCUUCGCAUGCUCCUCUGAAGAAUCUCCAGACUGCGUUUUAAACUGCUCCAAGCUUGAACUUUCGUGCGCCGGCUGCGCGCCUUUGCCAUCGACCUGCGAAAAAGUUUCCAGCGCACAAUUCAACAAGUGAGUGUCAGCGCGGUAUAAAAGUGGACACGGAAAAAGCCACCACGAUGAGCAACAACUACGGCGACGAGCAGCUGCCCCCGCAGUACUACCAGGCCACCGACUUUGGGGAAGAGGAGGACGACGAGAUGCCGGCCACGGAGAAGGACCUGGCCGAGGACGCGCCUUGGAAGAAGAUCCAGCAGAACACCUUCACCAGGUGGUGCAACGAGCACCUCAAGUGCGUCAACAAGACCGUCACCGACCUGCAGAGGGAUUUUACUGACGGGCUGAAGCUCAUCUCACUGCUGGAGGUGCUGAGCCAGAAGAAAAUGUACAGAAAGUGCCACAUCAGACCCAACUUCCGUCAGAUGAAGCUGGAAAAUGUUUCUAUGGCACUAGAGUUCCUGGACAGGGAGCACAUCAAACUGGUCUCCAUAGAUAGCAAAGCCAUUGUGGACGGGAAUCUAAAGCUGAUCCUGGGUCUUAUCUGGACCCUCAUCCUCCACUACUCUAUCUCCAUGCCCAUGUGGGACGACGAGGACGAUGAGGAGACUAAGAAACUGACCCCCAAACAGCGCUUGUUGGGCUGGAUACAGAACAAAGUGCCCCAGCUGCCCAUCAACAACUUCAACCGUGACUGGCGGGACGGCAAAGCCCUGGGAGCGCUGGUCGACAACUGUGCCCCCGGUUUGUGUCCUGAUUGGGCGGAGUGGGACCCAAACCAGCCCGUGGAAAAUGCCAGAGAAGCCAUGCAGCAAGCUGACGACUGGCUGGGUGUGCCUCAGGUGAUUGCACCUGAGGAGAUUGUGGACCCAGAUGUGGACGAGCACUCAGUGAUGACCUACCUGUCCCAGUUCCCCAAGUCCAAAAUGAAGCCUGGCGCUCCUCUCAGGCCCAAACAGCUUUUCCCAAACAAGGCUAAAGCCUACGGACCAGGUAUUGAGCCUCAUGGCAACAAGGUGCUGCAGCCGGCCGUGUUCACUGUGGAAACUCUGGAAGCUGGAAGCGGGGAGGUCCUGGUCUAUGUGGAGGAUCCUGAGGGACACAAAGAGGAGGCUAAAGUUAAACCCAACAAGGACAAAAACAGAACCUACACUGUCACCUAUGUUCCUAAAGUUGAGGGUGUCCACAAGGUGAAAGUGCUGUUUGCGGGUCAGGACAUAGACAAGAGCCCAUACACUGUGAACGUGGCGAAGGAUUUGGGUGACGCCAGCAAAGUCCAUGCUAGAGGACCAGGUCUGGAGGCCACAGGCAAUGUGACAAACAAACCCACCUACUUUGACAUCUACACAGCAGGUGCUGGCAAUGGCGAUGUCAGCGUGGUCAUUGUCGAUCCUCAGGGCAAGAAGGACACCGUCGAGCUCAUCCUGGAGAACAAGGGCGACAGCGUUUUCCGUUGCACCUAUCGUCCCAUGUUGGAGGGCCCUCACACCAUCCACAUACUCUUUGCAGGCCAGGAGAUCCCCAAGAGCCCUUACACUGUCAACGUCUUGGAGGCUCUGCCCAUUGCUCCUCCCAUGGGAGCUCCCCUGCAGAUAAUCCCUCAGUCAGUGCGCACCCUUCCUGGAGUGAAGGGUGGGAAGGGGGCUCCUCCUCCAAAACCUGGCCGCCCAACCACGAAUCCGAACGCCUGCAGAGCUACAGGUAGAGGCCUUCAGCCUAAAGGCGUGAGAGUGAAGGAGGUUGCGGACUUCAAAGUUUUCACCAAGGGAGCUGGCAGCGGUGCGCUGAAUGUCUCAGUCAAAGGACCAACUGGAGCGGAGGAGCAAGUGAAAGUGCGUGAUGCCGGGAAUGGCGUAUACGAAUGUGAAUAUUUCCCCCUUAAGCGUGGUAAAUACACCGUCAGCAUCACCUGGGGAGGCCAGCCUAUCCCACGCAGCCCUUUCGAAGUGGAAGUGGGUGCGGAGGCAGGUUUUCAGAAGGUGAGGGCCUGGGGUCCUGGUCUGAAGACUGGCAUGGUGGGAAAAUCCGCUGACUUUGUAGUGGAGGCCAUCGGCACUGAAGUUGGCACUCUGGGCUUCUCCAUUGAAGGCCCAUCACAGGCUAAAAUUGAGUGUGAUGACAAGGGCGAUGGCUCCUGUGAUGUACGCUACUGGCCCACUGAGGCUGGUGACUACGCUGUCCAUGUUGUCUGUGAUGAUGAGGACAUCAAGGACAGUCCCUUCAUGGCCCACAUCCUCCCUGCAGUCAAUGACGUCUUCCCUGAGAAGGUGAAAGCCUAUGGACCAGGUCUGCAGCCAACCGGCAUCAUCGUGAACAAACCAACUGAAUUCACAAUUGAUGCCCGCAUGGCUGGGAAGAGUACCCUCAAGAUCUAUGCACAGGAUGCUGAAAGCUGCACCAUCAACAUCAAGAUCACUGACAAGGGAGACGGCACAUUUCUGUGUGUGUACACUCCUGUCAAGCCCAUUAAACACACCAUCAUCAUCACAUGGGGGGAUGUUAACGUGCCCAAGAGCCCCUUCAGGGUGCUGGUUGGAGAGGGUUCUCAUCCAGACAAAGUCAAGGUCUAUGGGCCCGGAGUAGAGAAGACUGGGCUCAAAGCUAACGAGCCAACGUACUUCACUGUGGACUGCGGCGAGGCCGGUCAAGGGGACAUCAGCAUUGGAAUCAAGUGCGCCCCAGGAGUGGUUGGACCUGCGGAGGCUGACAUCGACUUUGACAUCAUCAAGAAUGACAAUGACACCUUCACUGUCAAGUACACUCCCCCCGGCGCAGGCCGGUACACCAUCAUGGUGCUGUUUGCUGACCAGGAAAUUCCCAUCAGUCCAUUCAAAGUCAAAGUUGAUCCUUCCCAUGAUGCUGGCAAGGUGAGAGCAGAGGGUCCUGGACUCAACAAGACAGGAGUGGAGGUGGGCACUCCAACCCACUUCACCAUCUACACAAAGGGAGCUGGCAAGGCCAAGCCUGAGGUGCAUUUCACAGCGCCGGGCCCGGGAGAGGCGGUUCGUGACUUUGAGAUCAUCGAUAACCACGAUUACUCCUACACUGUCAAGUACACAGCUCUUCAACAGGGCAACAUGACUAUUUCAGUGACUCAUGGAGGAGACCCCAUUCCAAAGAGCCCCUUCCACAUCACAGUGGCACCACCUCUGGAUAUUGGAAAGGUGAAAGUGGAUGGAUUGGACACCAAAGUGGAGGUCGGAAAGGAUCAAGAGUUCUCAGUUAACACAAAGGGCGCCGGUGGGCAGGGCAACGUAGGCGUGAAGAUGACCUCACCCUCUGGCCGCCCGAUUCCAUGCAAGCUGGAGUCUGACAAAGCCAAAGGCGCUCACAGUGUGAAGUAUAUUCCCCCAGAGGAGGGACAGUACAAGGUUGAUGUCAGCUACGAUGGCAACCCCGUAAUGGGAAGCCCCUUUGGGGUUGAAGCAGUGAUGCCUGCUGAUCCUUCUAAGGUGAGAGCCUAUGGCCCAGGCCUGAAGGGAGGCAUUGUGGGUAAACCCGCUCCAUUCACUAUUGACACAAAGGCAGCCGGUGCAGGUGGGCUGGGCCUGACAGUGGAGGGCCCCUGUGAAGCUAAAAUUGAAUGUCAGGACAACGGCGACGGCACAUGCUCAGUGUCCUACCUGCCCACCGAGCACGGGGAGUACGCCAUCAAUAUCCUGUACGCGGAGCAGCACAUCCCUGGCUCUCCCUUCAAGGCUGCAGUGCGCCCGGCCUUCGAUCCCAGCAAGGCGACAGCGAGCGGUCCCGGUCUGGAGAAGGCCAAGGCAGGCGAACCAGCGACCUUCACUGUGGACUGCACCCGAGCGGGCGACGCCGAGCUCACCAUCGAGAUUGUGUCGGAGACAGGGGUUAAGGCUGAAGUGCACAUCCAGAAAACUGCAGAGGGGACCUUCUCUGUAACGUACAUCCCAUCCUUCCACGGCGCACACACCAUCACCAUCAAGUACGGCGGCCAUACGAUUCCUCAGUUUCCCAAGGUGCUGCAGGUGGAGCCCUCUGUGGACACCAGCGGGGUGCAUGUCUACGGGCCAGGAGUGGAGCCCAGAGGGGUCCUCAGAGAAGUCACAACCCACUUUAUCGUCGACACCCGCGCCCUCAACAAGGCUGGAGGAAACCAUGUGAAGGUUCACAUCAUCAGCCCCUCCGGCACCAACACAGAGAGCUUCAUCACCGAUAAGGGAGACGGCACAUACAGAGUGGAGUACACAGCGUUCGAGGAUGGAAUGCAUCUGAUAGAGGUGCUUUACGAUGACGCGCCCGUACCCAAGACUCCCUUCAGAGUGUCUGUGGUGGAGGGAUGUGAUCCCACCCGGGUCCGUGCCUUUGGCCCAGGUCUGGAAGGAGGAAUAACCAACAAGUCCAACUGCUUCACUGUGGAGACCAGGGGCGCUGGUACAGGAGGCCUGGGCCUGACCAUCGAGGGAGCCUCAGAGGCCAAAAUAUCCUGCAAAGACAAUAAAGAUGGCAGCUGCAGUGUGGAGUACGUCCCCUUCACUCCUGGAGAUUACGACGUCAACAUCAACUACGGAGGUCACCCGAUCCCUGGCAGCCCGUUCCGCGUGCCAGUGAGGGACCCUGUGGACCCCAGCAAAGUGAAGUGCUCAGGUCCAGGUCUGGGCGGCGGAGUAAGAGCCCAUAUUCCUCAGACGUUCACAGUCGACUGUACCCAGGCUGGACAGGCCCAGCUGGAUGUCAAACUCUACGGCCCAACAGGUACCGUGGAGCCAGUAGGUGUGAAGAACAACAGUGAUGGAACCCACACAGUUCACUACACCCCAGCUCAGGACGGCCCUUACACUGUCGGUGUCAAAUAUGCAGAUCAGGAGGUCCCACACAGCCCAUUCAAGGUGAUGUCCCAGCCCGGGCAUGAUGCCAGUAAGGUGCGUGCCAGUGGCCCCGGUCUGGACACCAAAGGUGUGUCUGCUAGUUUUCCUGUGGAGUUCACCAUCGAUGCUCGUGAUGCUGGAGAGGGACUGCUCACUGUGCAGAUCCUGGACCCAGAAGGGAAACCAAAGAAUGCAACCAUCCAGGACAACAGAGACGGCACCUACACUGUGUCGUAUGUACCUGACUCUACAGGCCCCUACACCAUCACCAUUAAAUAUGGCGGAGAUGAGAUCCCUUACUCCCCAUACUGCAUCCAGUCGCUGCCCACAGGAGACGCCAGCAAGUGUCGCCUCACUGUGUCGAUUGGAGGACAUGGCAUGUCGAGUCUACAGAAACUGCAGACCUCUGAGGAUACUGUUAUCACUGUGGAUGCCAAAGCUGCCGGGAAAGGCAAGGUGACCUGUAAAGUGCUGACCCCACAGGGGAUGGAGCUGGACAUGGACGUGGUGGAGAAUCAUGAUGGGACCUUUGACAUUUACUACACUGCCCCCGAACCUGGAAAGUAUGUUAUUACUAUCCGCUUUGGGGGCCAGAACAUCCCUAAGAGCCCCUUCCAUGUGAUGGCCUCAAAUGAGCCAGUUGCUCCCCGCGAUACCGUGGAUCCUCUCUUCCGCCCCGUUAACUUCCUCGUCCCCUUCACGCCACAGCAGGGAGAAAUCACAGGUGAGGUGCGAAUGCCUUCGGGCAAGACUGCUCGCCCGCAUAUCACUGACAACAAGGAUGGCACCAUCACCAUCAAGUACCAGCCCAUAGAGAGAGGCCUGCACGAGAUGGACAUCAAAUAUGACGGCAACCACAUUCCAGGAAGCCCUCUGCAGUUCUAUGUUGAUGCUGUGAACAGUGGAGUGGUGACUGCUUACGGCCCCGGUCUGAGUUACGGCAUGGUCAACAAGUCUGCCACUUUCACUGUGGUCACCAAGAAUGCAGGAGAAGGUGGUCUGUCACUGGCAGUGGAGGGUCCCUCUAAGGCCGAGAUCACCUGUAAGGACAACAAAGAUGGAACCUGCACUGUGUCCUACCUGCCCACGACUCCUGGAGACUACAAUAUCAUCGUCAAGUUUGACAACAAGCACAUUUCUGGCAGUCCCUUUACUGCUAAGAUUACUGGGGACGACUCCAUCACCAGGACGUCCCAGCUGAACGUGGGCACAUCGGCUGACGUGUCCCUGAAGAUCACAGAGACUGAUCUGAGCUCUCUGACUGCCAGUAUCAAGGCUCCAUCAGGCAACGAGGAGCCCUGCCUGCUCAAGAGACUGCCCAACAGACACCUCGGUAUCUCCUUCACCCCUAAGGAGGUUGGUGAGCAUGAGGUCAGCGUGAGGAAGAAUGGCUUGCACGUAGCUAACAGCCCUUUCAAGAUCAUGGUUGGCCAGUCAGAGAUCGGCGAGGCCAGUAGGGUCAAGGCUUUCGGUAAAGGCCUCAUGGAGGCGCACACUUUCGAAAUUACUGAAUUCUUCGUGGAUACAAGGAAUGCGGGUUACGGAGGUCUAGCAUUGUCGGUUGAGGGUCCGAGCAAAGUGGAUAUCAACUGUGAAGAUGUAGAGGAUGGGACGUGCAGAGUGACAUACUGUCCAACAGAACCUGGCAGUUACAUUGUCAAUAUCAAGUUUGCUGAAAAGCACAUCCCAGGAAGUCCUUUCACAGUGAAGGUGACUGGAGAAGGAAGAAUCAAAGAGAGCAUAACCAGGAAGAGGCAGGCGUCUUCUAUUGCCUCAGUGGGCAGCACAUGUGGCCUGAACCUCAAAAUCCCAGGAAACUGGUUCCAGAUGGUUUCAGCUCAGGAGAGGCUGACCAAGACAUUCACCCGCAGCAGCCACACCUACACCCGCACUGAGCGCACGGAGAUCAGCAAAACCCGUGGCGGCGAAACCAAGAGGGAGGUACGAGUGGAGGAGAGCACCCAGGUGGGCGGGGGAGGAACCCCGUUCAGAGACGUUUUCGGAGACUUUCUGGGCAGGGAGAGCCUCAGCAGCUUUGCCGGCAUCACGGCCAGACCUGAGGUUGAGAGCGGCUCGCAGGCCAUGACGGCUCAGGUGACCAGCCCCGGUGGGAAAACGGUGGAUGCUGACAUCGUGGACGGAGGGAGCAGCACCUACAGCGUCCGCUUCAUCCCUCAGGAAAUGGGACCCCACACGGUCAAUGUCAAAUACAGAGGCCAGCACGUCCCCGGGAGCCCCUUCCAGUUCACGGUUGGGCCCAUGGGGGAGGGAGGAUCACACAAGGUCCGUGCAGGAGGGCCCGGCCUGGAGAGGGGCGUAGCUGGAGCACCCUCUGAAUUCAGUAUCUGGACUAGGGAGGCAGGCGCUGGCGGCCUUUCCAUCGCCGUCGAGGGCCCGAGCAAGGCUGAAAUUUCCUUUGAGGACAGAAAAGACGGUUCUUGCGGAGUCUCCUACAUAGUGAAAGAACCAGGUGACUACGAGGUCUCCAUCAAGUUCAACAACGAGCAGAUCCCCGACAGCCCCUUCAUCGUACCGAUCGCUACACUCUCAGACGAGGCUCGCAGGCUCACUGUCACAAGCAUUCACGAGAAGGACUUGAAGGUGAACCAUGAAGCCUCCUUCAUGGUGCAGCGGAACGGCACUCGAGGUGUAGUAGACGCUAAGGUCCACACCCCCUCUGGCUCCUCUGAGGAAUGCUAUGUCACCGAGCUUGACAGCGACAAGAGUGCAAUUCGCUUCAUUCCACGGGAGAAUGGAGUUCACUCCAUAGAUGUCAAGUUCAAUGGAUGCCACAUUCCUGGAAGCCCCUUUAAUGUACGAGUGGGAGACCUGGGGCUGAUUGGAGACCCAGGCAUGGUGACGGCACAUGGUGCUGGACUACAGGGGGGAACCACAGGUGUAGCCUCAGACUUUGUGGUCAACACCUGUAACGCGGGCUCGGGCACUCUAUCCGUCAACAUCGAUGGGCCGUCCAAAGUGAAGAUGGACUGCCGCGAGAGUCCCGAGGGCUACAAAAUCACCUACACCCCAAUGGCACCUGGCAACUAUCUGGUCACCAUCAAAUACGGCGGGCCGCAGCACAUCGUGGGCAGCCCUUUCAAAGCUAAAAUCACAGGUGCCCGGCUCUCAGGGGGACACAGCCUCCAUGAGACCUCCUCUGUCUUGGUCGAAACAGUUACCAAGUCUUCCAAAGUGGGUGGAGCCUACAGCGCGUCCUCCUCCUCCGCCACCUCAACCAAACUGACAUCCGACGCCAGCAAGGUGGUCUGUCAUGGAGCGGGGCUGUCCAAAGCUUUGGUGGGACAGAAGAAUACUUUUACAAUUGACAGCAGCAAAGCAGGUAGCAACAUGCUGAUAGUGGGCGUGCACGGACCCAACACUCCGUGCGAGGAGGUGUACGUCAAGCACAUGGGCAACAAGCUCUACAACGUCACCUACACUGUCAAGGACAAGGGCAGCUACACCGUCAUUGUCAAAUGGGGAGACGACAACGUCCCCGGGAGCCCCUACAAAGUGGCUGUGCCCUAAAAUAAACUGUCCCAAUAUUCCAGUUCACUGUCCUCCGCUGACCCACCAGCCUUUUACUUGACAUGUGCACGCAUCAAUCAAGCUCUCCGGUACUUCUGUUCUCCAACGGAUUUACUAUGUACUCAACAUGCACUAAAACCCGCAAGAACAUUUUGCUUACGUUUUUUAUUGACGAUAGAUUAUCUACUGUGCCAAAAUUUUGUAUUAACUCUACAUUACAUGAAAACUAAGCAUCCACGUUCAGAGUGAUGUAAGGGCGAGUCUUUUAGUGUUGUUGGUCCAUAAACUUUCUCCUCCUUAUUUGUUGUGCUGUAAACAAAUAAUACACAUAAUAUAUGAAUGUCGAGAAAUGUUUGGAAUAAUCAGAAGUAUUAACGUGUGGUGCAAUAUGGUUUUGUAUGGUCUAAGAAUGAGAAAUUGAUUGUUGUUUUUUGUUAUAUUAACCUAUUUUUUUGGUAAGUCUUUGCAGACCUAAUAAAGAUUUCAUUGCUUCCUU